AUGACGUCUCGGCAACCAACCCGGCGGCUAGUGGAUGUGCUCAAGCAGAACAGUAAAAAGACGCUCGACCGCCACGCAGCGCAGCUAGCCGCGGCCGCCUCAUCGCUUCCUGCCGAAGCGAUCCAAACACGAUUUCUGCGCAACCAGUUCCUCAUCAACCCCAAGGCCCUGCAGCUACUGUCAACAGAAGAGCAGCUCACGCGGUGGCACGUGUUUGGGGUGUACAAGCCGCCAUUCUGCCCCAUGCGCCGGGCUGAGGCCGCGGACAACUACCACAACGUCUCCGUCGAGUCGUUUGUGGAGGCCGCACUCCAGUCCAAGAACAUCUACCCCCUACUAAAGCGCGUCUUGAAGCCGGCCGAGGUGCGCGUGCGUGUCCUCUACAAUCUGGAUAGCUUCGCUUCCGGUCCAGUGCUUAUCAGUGUCUCGGAUGCCCACCACUAUGCAACGUCGCUUCAGACGACAACGAUGGAGUAUGAUCUUCUCGUUGGUGGGCAUCUCCCAGUGCACGGCACGGGUAAUCGCACGACCAUCGACGUGGCGCAGCUGUUCCCCAGCCCCGGGGUGAGCAUAAACACUGGCACUGUACCUGCCGUCGUGCCCGAGGCCCACUACGUGGUAAAGGAGAAUGGCUACUACAGCGUGCACCCAGUAUCUUUGCUGCACAUCGUCAUUCGGAGCCCGCCAGUGUCGCAGCCGCCGGCGCUGGAACGCUUCGCGAGAGAGCAGCUUGGCACCUGUGUCAUGGGUGACCCCCUAGUGAUGGGCGAGUUAAUGCAUCUUCGCGCUAACCCCGCCGGGUCCAGCUCUCACACAUCGGCAACCUCUACACCAAAGAGUAGCGACUCUGCCGAGAGGGGGAGAGGCGCUGCUGAAGACGCGGGUAGUGGUUCCAAGAGGGACCUAGCUGCCCACGCAGCGGCCAUGAAGCUAGCCGCUAACCCGCACAUUGUCUCCUGGCGCGGUGACUGCGAUUUCCCUCGCGUUUUUAUUCACCUGCGUGAGGUGCGCAUUGACACUAGCGCUGAGGUCCCGAGCAGCACCACUGAAGCCGCCUACGUGCAAGACACACACUCGAUGCCCACCGGUACUACCAUGGGCUUCAUGGGCGGUCACCACAGCGGCAGCGCCUCACCAGCGCAGCACCUUUCGGAAGCACGGGAAAUUCACGUGCACUGCCGCAGGUGUUUUGACGGCCUCCUGCAGAAGCAGCUCAGUGCCUCGUUCAAGUCUCGCCGGAUAGGUUUGCUAGAUGGCAGCUGGACUCCGCAGACAGAGUACCUGUGA